ACCUCGUUUCAAAAAGAUACACCGAUAAUCUCUACUCUCACCCUCUCUUCUCUAUCUACAAGCUCUCUCUCCACUCUCAACAAUGUCUCAUCAGACCCAAACAAUGUAGCAAACGCUUCCAUUUUUGCAAUGGCUUUUCUUCAAUCUCAUUUCUCCUCUUCUUGUUUCGCACUAUCAAAAACUCGCACAAAGCCCCCAAAACUCUCGUUUUCCCACAAAUACCCUCGCAUUUCCUCCAAUCUCCAAACCUCACCCCCAGACGACGACGACGAUAAUUACAACAAAACCAAGCUCAAUUUCCUCAAACUCUCCAUAACUCUCACUGUAAUCUCCGCCUCUCUCUCUCACUCUCAACCCUCUCUCGCCGCCGUAGCCGUCAAAAAGCGCUCCUCCAAGAAAACGACGUCGUCGAAGAAACCCGAGGCUUUGUCUCCUCAAGAGCUCCAAUCCUGGUCCCAUGGCCUCCCAACCGUGUCGAAUCGAAUUCCGUACACCGAGCUCUUGGAAUUGAGCAAGCAAGGGAAGCUCAAGCAUGUGAUUAAGCCGAGUAAUAGUAGUUUAAAGAACCGGGCCGAACCGGUUCUUGUGGUUUUGGAUGAUUCUAGGGUUUUCAGGACGGUUUUGCCGAGUUUGGACGGUGAUAGAUCGUUUUGGAAAUGUUGGGAGGAGUCGAAGUGGGAUUCGCUUUGCGUGAACGCGUACACGCCGCCGGUGAAGAAUCCGGAGGUUCCGGAGCCGUAUUUAGGGUUUUUGGCGCGCGCGCCGGUGCUUUUGUUGAAGGUUUUGAGUCCGGUGGCGAAGCCGAAGAAGGAAUCGAAGAGAGCGGCGGAGUUGAGGCAGAUGAGGGAGGAGAUGAAGAGGCAGAAUAAGGAGGAGUUGGAGGAGAUGAGGAAGGAGAGGGAGAUGAUGGAGAAGGCGAUUCGGGUGCAGAAGAAAGAGGAGGCGAGGAAGAGGAAGAUGGAGGAGAGGAAGAGGAGACACGUCGCGUCGUUGCAAGAGGCGAGGAGGAAUUACGAGGACAUGGCGGAUAUGUGGGCGAGGUUGGCUCAGGAUUCGAAUGUGGCCACAGCGUUAGGACUCGUCUUCUUCGUGAUAUUUUACCAGACGGUGGUGCUUAAUUAUAGGAAGCAGAAGAAGGAUUAUGAGGAUAGGUUGAAGAUUGAGAAAGCCGAGGCGGAGGAGAGGAAGAAAAUGAGGGAAUUGGAGAGGGAAAUGGAGGGGAUUGAGGGCGAAGACGAGGAGGAUGAGGAGAGUGGGCAAGGGAGAGGUGAGCAGAAUCCGUAUUUGAAAAUGGCAAUGCAGUUUAUGAAGUCGGGGGCUCGUGUUAGGCGAGCGCAUAAUAAGAGGCUGCCACAGUAUUUGGAGAGAGGUGUGGAUGUGAAGUUCACGGAUGUUGCGGGGCUUGGGAAGAUUCGGCUCGAGCUUGAGGAGAUUGUGAAGUUUUUCACUCACGGGGAAAUGUAUAGGAGAAGAGGAGUGAAGAUACCAGGUGGGAUACUUCUUUGUGGACCACCUGGUGUGGGGAAGACUUUACUGGCAAAAGCUGUGGCUGGUGAGGCAGGUGUCAACUUCUUCUCAAUUUCAGCCUCUCAGUUUGUGGAAAUAUAUGUUGGUGUUGGUGCAUCUCGUGUCCGAGCACUAUACCAAGAAGCAAGAGAAAAUGCUCCAUCUGUUGUCUUCAUUGAUGAGCUGGAUGCUGUUGGAAGGGAGCGUGGUUUGAUUAAGGGUUCUGGUGGACAAGAACGUGAUGCUACCCUUAAUCAGCUCCUCGUCUGCUUGGAUGGAUUUGAAGGAAGAGGAGAAGUGAUCACCAUUGCUUCAACGAAUAGACCAGAUAUUCUAGAUCCAGCACUUGUCAGACCUGGACGGUUUGAUCGAAAGAUAUAUAUCCCUAAGCCUGGUCUUAUAGGUCGCAUAGAAAUUUUGAAGGUUCAUGCUCGUAAAAAAUCUAUGGCUGAAGAUGUGGACUAUAUGGCUGUUGCUAGUAUGACUGAUGGCAUGGUUGGUGCAGAGCUAGCCAACAUAGUUGAGGUUGCUGCUAUAAAUAUGAUGCGUGAUGGAAGGACCGAGAUUACCACUGAUGACUUGUUGCAAGCUGCACAAAUGGAAGAAAGAGGAAUGCUAGAUAGAAAGGAGAGAAGCCCUGAGACAUGGAAGCAAGUAGCCAUAAAUGAAGCAGCCAUGGCUGUUGUAGCUGUGAACUUUCCUGAUCUUAAGAAUAUUGAGUUUGUCACAAUUGCUCCUAGAGCUGGUAGGGAAUUGGGCUAUGUUCGAAUGAAAAUGGAUCCUAUAAAAUUUAAUGAAGGAAUGCUUACUAGACAAUCCCUCCUGGACCACAUCACUGUUCAACUAGCUCCACGUGCAGCCGAUGAGAUUUGGUAUGGGGAAGGUCAGUUGAGUACGAUAUGGGCAGAAACGGCAGACAAUGCUAGGUCAGCAGCACGGACCUUUGUUCUUGGUGGUCUCUCUGAGAAAAAUCAUGGAUUAUCUGAAUUCUGGGUUGCAGAUCGGAUUAACGAAAUUGAUGUUGAGGCAUUGCGGAUUGUCAACGUGUGUUAUGAACGUGCAAAAGAGAUUCUGAAGCAGAACCAAAAGCUUAUGGAUGCUGUGGUCGAUGAACUUGUUCAAAAGAAAAGUUUAACCAAGCAAGAAUUCUCACACCUAGUGGAGUCGCAUGGUUCCCUCAAGCCGAUGCCACCUAGUAUACUUGAUAUCCGGACUGCAAGACGAACGCAGUUCCAGGAAAUGAUGAUGAAACAAAAUGAAGUAAUUGUAGAAAGCAAAGUAUGAGCAAGGUGCCAAGAGAAUAUAUGUUAGGUCUUUGAUCUCGGAGCAACAUGCAAGUCAGAUUGGUAGCUGUUAGAUUGAAGAACAGUCAUUAAAGCACUAUCUGUCUGUUGGUUGUCUUGUGCAUCCAUUGAUCAUAAACAAAGUACUCAGGCAUGCGAGGAUUAAAUCUGAGAGAAUUUUGAUACCACAUUACCACACGAACGCCAUAAUCUUUUUUCUUUUCCAACCAUUUGCAAUGUACAUUAUCUUCCCAGUUCUAUAUUUGAAUCUUGUCCAUCUGAAUCUGUAGAACAGAAAGGUUAGAGCUUCGGUGCAAUCAUUUUGUAAUUUUAUAUUUUUUUUUUCUUAUCAGAAAUUUCUUGUAUUUGAUUGAUGUUGAGGAGAAGCAUUUACAAUUA